AUGUCUAAAUCCGUGGCCCGGUUAAAGUCUAUGAAAAAAGUUGCUGACAAAAUAGAUCAUUCGUCUAAAUUACGAACUAAUGUUCCUGCUGGAAUGGCUGCUGCUGGACCUCCUCUCGGUCCAAUGCUUGGACAGCGUAAUAUAAAUAUUGCCGCUUUCUGCAAAGACUUCAAUGAACGCACAGCAAAUAUAAAACCAGGAACACCCUUGCCAGCUGCUGGAACUAAUCGUGGUGCAAUGGAACCAGUUAAGGAAAUGUGUGGAAAAAUAACAAUAAAACAUAUAUAUGAAAUAGCAAAAAUAAAGUCUCAAGAUCCUCCAUUGGAGUGGAGAUCACUCAAAGAGAUUUGUGUGAUGUUGUUAUCACAGGCAAGAACUUGUGGUAUCGAGGUUGUCAGAGACUUGGACCCAAAGGAGUAUGGUGAAUUUUUAAAUGACAGAAAAGCAAUAGUUGAAGACCAAAAGAAACAAUUACAAGAGAAGCGUGAAGCCAAAAUGUUGAGAACAGCGUAA